AUGCGAGCACUCCUGCAGACCAUCCUCUCAAGCGACAGCCCCAAAGAAUGCCUCUCUGCCUUGUUCGUACCCGAACGCGGAACUUUCUCUUCUUUCUCCAGGAAAAGAAAAAGAGGAGUCUCGCUAAGAAAGCAUGUUGCAUUCAUUGAAGACGCAGCGUCACAGGCUGCUACUACCGGGGACAAAUACGGUGCCAGCUGCCCGACUACCUUUCCGCAUUUCCAGUAG